ACUCCCUCCGCCUUGUCCCAAGCUUAGGAGGAAAGAGAUACCCGGAUGGGGACGCUCUAGGCCUCCGUGGUGUUUAUACACGCGCCGGGAGUCCCGCUCUCCAUUCGAAGCCCAAGGCAUUCCAGAGGCGAGGGGUGGUUGGGUCUCAGCCUCUCCGCCUCGCCUGGCCCCGCCCCAUUUCCCGGUCGCAGUUGGUUCGGCCCGCCAUUCAGGAGACCCAGGAUUUGAAACCUCAAGAUGAAAACUAACAAAGUCUACAAACUCGUCAUCCAUAAGAAAGGCUUCGGCAGCAGCGAUGAUGAGCUGGUGGUCAAUCCCAAAGUAUUUCUUCAUAUUAAACUGGGAGAUAUUGUGGAAAUCGCUCACCCCAAUGAUGAAUACAGUCCUCUCCUCCUUCAAGUCAAAUCGCUCAAAGAAGAUUUACAGAAAGAAACCAUCAGCGUAGACCAGACAGUUGCUCAGGUCUUCCGCCUGAGGCCCUACCAAGACGUGCAUGUCAAUGUCGUCGAUCCAAAGGAUGUGACCCUCGAUUUGGUAGAAUUGACCUUCAAAGAUCAGUACAUCGGUCGAGGGGAUAUGUGGCGGCUAAAGAAGAGCUUGGUCGGCACCUGUGCGUACGUCACUCAGAAAGUGGAAUUUGCCGGAAUUCGGGCCCAAGCCGGAGAGCUUUGGGUUAAAAGCGAAAAAGUGACUUGUGGUUAUAUCAGUGAAGAUACUCGGGUGGUUUUCCGCUCAACCUCCGCCAUGGUUUACAUCUUUAUCCAGAUGAGUUGCGAAAUGUGGGAUUUCGACAUUUAUGGUGACCUCUAUUUUGAGAAGGCCGUCAACGGUUUCCUGGCUGACCUUUUCACCAAGUGGAAGGAGAAGAACUGCAGCCACGAAGUGACCGUCGUCCUUUUUUCUAGAACGUUCUACGAGGCUAGGUCCAUAAGCGACUUUCCGGAGUCGCACCGCCCCGCCAUUCAACAAGAUCACCAAGGCCGGUCCUAUGAGGAUUUUUACAAGGUCGUGGUCCAAAACGAGAGGCGGGAGGAAUGGACCUCGUUACUCGUCACCAUCAAGAAGCUCUUUAUCCAGUACCCCGUCCUGGUCCGCCUGGAGCAAGCGGAGGGGUUCCCUCCGGGACGUAAUUCGACCUCAGCCCAAGGAAACUAUUUGGAAGCCAUCAAUCUGUCCUUUAACGUCUUUGACAAGCAUUACAUCAACCGAAAUUUUGACCGGACGGGUCAAAUGUCGGUAGUGAUCACACCCGGUGUGGGCGUCUUUGAGGUGGACCGCCUCCUCAUGAUCCUGACCAAGCAACGCAUGAUCGAUAACGGGAUCGGUGUCGAUUUGGUCUGUAUGGGAGAGCAACCCCUCCAUGCUGUUCCUCUCUUUAAGCUACACAAUCGUUCCAGUCCUGGGGAUUCUCGUUUGGGAGAUGACUAUAACAUACCGCAUUGGAUAAACCACAGUUUCUACACUUCAAAAAGCCAGCUCCAAUGUAAUAGUUUCACUCCACGCAUCAAGCUGGCAGGCAGAAAGCCGCAGGGUGAAAGGGCAAAGAACAGCAAGGAUUCAUCGCUGGGAGCUCCGAAAGAAACUGAGAACGCCCUUCCAAUCCAGGUGGACUACGAUGCCUAUGAUAGCCAGGUCUUCAGGCUCCCUGGACCCUCCCGGGCACAGCGUUGUGCCCCAUUCCGGUCAGUCCGGGAACGUGAGAGCCGUCCCCGGAAAAGCUCAAGCUCCUAUGAUGUCUCGUCCAGCCCUUCCCGCCUGGGAGGGCGGGCGCUUCAUCUUCCCCCAGAGGAAGCGCGGAGCCAGGCCUCGGACGACAGCUCCCUCGGCCGCAUCUCCAACAUCCUCAUGAUCCCCCGCCCACACCUUCACACGACCUAUGAAGUCAGCAGCUCCUUGGGAUACACUGGCCACCGAGAUGCCAUGGAGAGCAUGUUGGAAUCGCAACAGCGCGACUCCAGCGCUCCUGGAAGGUUCCAUGUCGGAAGUGCCGAGUCCAUGUUGCACCUCCGUUCAGCUGGAGGGUACGCCCCGCAACGGGCCCUCAUAAACCCCUUUGCCCCCUCUCGGAUGCCCAUGAAACUCACCUCCAACCGGCGACGUUGGGUACACACGUUCCCUGUGGGUCCAUCAGGAGAAGCUAUCCAAAUCCACCACCAGACCCGCCAGAACAUGGCGGAGAUGCAAGGGAGUGGACAACGGGAUUGGACGCAUUCCUCUGCCGAACUCCUGGAGCUCGCCUACCAUGAAGCCACGGGGAGGCACGGGGUUUUCCGCCAUCCAGACGACACUGUUUCCUUCUCAAGUUUCAGCGGGACAGAAGAUUAUCCUCACCAGUUAACGGGGAGCCAUGGGACGAACGUCAGAACCCAAGCCAAAGACUCUGCUGACGGAUCAGUCUCCAACUCUCCAGAUCCAAUGCCAGGCUUCUGUUGUACCGUCGGGGUGGACUGGAAGUCCCUCACUACCCCGGCCUGCCUCCCCCUCACCACGGAUUACUUCCCCGACCGCCAGAGCCUCCAGAAUGACUACACCGAGGGAUGCUACGACCUUCUCCCAGAAGCCGAUAUGGAUAGGCGAGACGAGGAAGGGGUCCAGAUGACGGCCCAGCAGGUCUUUGAGGAAUUCAUUUGCCAGCGACUGAUGCAGGGCUACCAGCUCAUUGUCCAAAGCAAGCUGCAGAAAGCGGCGGCUGCUGUCCAGCCCCCACUGAGUAGUAGCCCCCUCUACAGCCGAGGCCUGGUGUCCCGGAACCGGUUGGAAGAAGAGGACCAGUACUGGCUGAGCAUGGGGCGGACUUUCCACAAAGUUACUCUCAAGGAUAAGAUCAUCACCGUCACACGAUACCUGCCCAAGUAUCCAUAUGAGUCUGCACAGAUCAACUACACGUACAGCCUCUGUCCGUCCCAUUCAGAUUCGGAGUUCUUUCUUUGUUGGGUGGAGUUCUCACAUGAGAGACUGGAGGAGUACAAGUGGAAUUACCUCGACCAGUAUAUCUGUUCUGCGGGUUCGGAGGACUUCAGCCUGAUUGAGUCACUGAAGUUCUGGCGCACGCGCUUCCUGCUGCUGCCAGCCUGUGUGGGGGCCACCAAGCGCAUCCUGGAAGGGGAGUCCCACUGCGACAUCUACGGCGAGAAGCCCCGCUCAGAGGAGGAGGAGUGGCAGCUCCGGGACGGCUUCCUCCGCUUUGUGGAGGGGCUCAACCGCAUCCGCAGGCGCCACCGCUCUGACCGCAUGCUCCGGAAGGGCUCGGCCAUGAAGGGUCUCCAGACCUCAGCAACUCCCACCCUGGCCCCCCACCCACCGGAACCACCCCCCAACCUAGUCAAGAAGGGCACCUCUGCCCUCUCGGCCCUUCUGGAGAUGGAGGCCACGCACAAGACAUUGACCGAACAACAAAUGGCUCCCAUUUCCACCAAAAACUCCAGCGCCCAGCCCUCUGAUGGCAACAGCACGGCCACAAAUUCGAAUUACGUGGACAGCCCACGUAAAGUAUCGAUUGACCAGUCAGCAGUCGGUUUGGAGUCUGAACGGAGCAGCGGCCAGUCGCUGACUGGGUCCCAAAGUGCUGACCAGAUGCCUGGAUGGACGGAAAAUGGUACCCAGCCCUUGACUGCCGGCCCCUUGACCUCAUCGUCCACCUUGACGGAGAUCCUGGAAGCCAUGAAGCACCCAACGUCAGGGGUACCACUCCUCACUGAACAGAAAGGCCUUUCCCCGUCCUGCUUCAUCAGUGCGGAGGCUGUCCAUUGGCUAGUCAACAUGGUGGAAGGGGUCCAGACACAGGCCAUGGCCAUCGACAUCAUGCAGAAAAUGCUGGAUGAGCAGCUGAUCCUGCACGCCUCGGGGGAGGCCCUCCGCACCUUCGUCUAUGGCUUCUACUUCUACAAGGCCCUGGAGAACAAGGAGCAGGAGCAUCGCACGGGGCUGCCUCCGCCCCCAUCGCUGUGGCCCUCAGCUGCCCGGGACGACGCCUCAGCCUUCCAGCGCAAGUGGUUCGAGGUGGCUGUGGUGGCCGAGGAGCAGCCUAGCCUCCGCUCCGAGGUCCCGGCCUUCCUCCUGCCCUGGCUGCCCAGCCGCCCCGCCUCCUAUGCCAGCCGGCACAGCUCCUUCAGCCGCAGUUUUGGUGGCCGCAGCCAGGCUGCCGCCCUUCUCGCGGCCACAGUCCCAGAGCAGAGGACAGUGACCCUGGAGGUGGACGUGAACCACCGGACACAGCGCCUGGAAUGGUGCAGCUGCUACUACCAUGGCAACUUCUCCCUUGGCGCUGCCUUCGAGGUCAAACUUCACUGGAUGGCCGUCACUGCUGCCGUCCUCUUCGAGAUGGUCCAGGGCUGGCACCGGAAGGCCACUUCCUGUGGCUUCUUGCUGGUCCCGGUCCUAGAGGGGCCCUUCGCUCUGCCCAGCUUCCUGUACGGAGACCCCCUCCGGGCCCAGCUCUUCAUCCCUCUCCACAUCCACUGCCUACAGAAGGAAGGCACCCAGGAGCACCUCUUUGAUGGAUUUGAGCCGGAGACCUACUGGGACAGAAUGCAGUUGCUGCAGGAAGUGAUUGCCCACCGGUUCGGCUUCAUCCGGGACAAAUACUCGGCGUCUGCCUUCAACUUCCCCUCCGACAACAAGCCCCAGUACAUCCAUGUCACAGGGACGGUCUUCUUGCAGCUGCCGUACUCCAAGCGCCGCUCUUCGGGGUCACAGCCGCUUCCUCCUCCUGCAGCCGCCCCUCCCCCAGCCCAGCGCAGGAGGCGGGACUCAGCCCCCUCGCCCUCGGCCAAUGGGGAGGGGCAGGGGGUGGGCUUCCACUGGGCCCACAACUCCAUGCUGACCAAGACCUGGCGCUCCUCUGCCACGGGCGAUGAGCGCUUCCCUGACCGGCUCCUCCGGGACUUCACCCACUUCUGCGCCAACGGGGAGGGACGCCUAGCUGCCUUCUGGGCUGCCUGCCUUGCCCGCACCCACGCCGCCGCCCCUUGACCAAGCCCCCACAUCCAUCCAGGCCCUCUCCUGCCCUCUUGAAACAAUCCGCAGGCACCUGCCUCUCAGUUUACCUCCAGUAACACAGAAUAAGCCAUUCCUUCUCUUUCUGGGCAAUCCUGAGGUACAUUCUCCCUUUUUUGCCCCAGAAUGACACAUAGUAAGCCCUUUCAAUUCCAUUUCUUGCCAAUCUUGAGGCAAAUUUAAGCCAGUUCUCUUUUUUACCUCAUAAUGACACAGAAUAACCCUUUCCCUUCCCUUUCUGGCAAUCCUGAGGAAAUUUGCUCUCAUUUUACCUCAAGAUACAGAAUAAGCCCUUUCCUUCCCUUUCUAGCCAAUCUUGAGGCAUCUCCCUCUCGUUUUACCUCAGAGUGACACAGAAUAAUGCCUUCCCUUCCCUUUCUGGCUAGUUCUGAGGUACAUUCCUCAUUUUUUUUUAUCUCGGAAUGACACAGAAUAACCCUUUCCCUUCCCUUUCUGGCCAAUCCUGAGGUACAUUCCUCAUUUUUUACCUCAGAAAGAAUAAACCCUUUCCAUUCCAUUUCUGGUCAAUCCUGAGGUAAAUUCUCCCUUUUUUGCCUCAGAAUGACACAGAGUAGCCCUUUCCCUUCCAUUUCUGGCCAAUCUGAGGCAAAUUCCUCAUUUCUUUGCCUCAGAAUGACAGAAAUAGACAAUACAACCCCUUUCCCUUCAAUUUCUGCUCAAUCCAUUCUGCAUGCAUUCCCCCCAUUGAGCAUUUUCCUGUCUUUUUUUUCUCUCAUUCUGAGGUAAACUAUUGGGAAUUGAGGAAAAUUUAUCUCGGGAUUCAAAAGAAAUUAAUCUCAGGAUUCUCCUCCCCCCCCCCCCUUUUUUUCCCCUGUCAUUUUAAGGGGGGGGGGGAAUUGAGGGAAGUUUACCUCAAGAGAAGAAGGGAGAGAUGUAGGAUAUGUAAGAUAAUAUAAAUAUAUACACAUGUAAAUAUGUACGGUAUUAAAACACUGGCAAUAAAAUUAACAAAAUACCACACAA